CUAGGACCCGGAUCGGAGCGCGCCGCCGCGGGGCUGCUACAGAUCCACUCGAGAGCGCGCAGGAGCCUCACACACACUCAUUAGUACACUUGAGGAGGUGCGCUCCAGUGUCUGAGCGCUUUAUUGAGCACGUUCCCGGUCGGAUGAGGCGCGGUUCGAGCGGAAUAAGCGGCGGCGGGCUUUGACGAGGAUGAGGAUGAUGAAGAGCGCGAGACACCUGUGAUCACGUUCAGCAUCAGUCACUGAGAUGUUCAGCUCCAGCAGCACUAUGACCGAUGGAGAUUACGACUAUCUGAUCAAACUCCUGGCUCUCGGGGACUCCGGAGUGGGCAAGACCACCUUCCUCUACCGCUACACCGACAACAAGUUCAACCCCAAAUUCAUCACCACCGUGGGCAUCGAUUUCAGGGAAAAGAGAGUGGUUUAUACGACGAACAGCCCCAAUGGAACGACGGGGAAGACGUUUAAGGUUCACCUGCAGCUCUGGGACACGGCGGGACAGGAGAGGUUCAGGAGUUUGACCACGGCGUUCUUCAGGGAUGCGAUGGGAUUUCUGCUCAUGUUUGAUCUGACGAGUCAGCAGAGUUUCCUCAACGUCAGGAACUGGAUGAGUCAGCUCCAGGCUAAUGCGUAUUGUGAGAAUCCAGAUAUUGUUCUUGUGGGUAAUAAAGCUGAUCUGAACGACCAGAGAGAAGUCCAGGAGAAACAAGCAAAGGAACUAGCAGACAAAUACGGAAUUCCCUACUUCGAGACGAGCGCUGCGACCGGCGCGGAGGUGGACAAGGCCGUGGUCACUCUGCUGGAUCUGGUGAUGAAGCGCAUGGAGCAGUGUGUGGACAAACCGGCGGCGGACACACACAACACAGACAGCAGCAAGCUGGACGCGCCGGCGGUCAUCGAGAAGAAGUGUGCGUGUUAGAGCGUGUGCGUGUGUGUGUGUGUGUGUGUGUGAGCUGUGCUACUGCCCUGAUUGUUCUGUCAGCAUAUCAAGAUCUCCAGGUGGACACUCGUCGUCUCAAUGAAUGUACAUACAAACACAAACACAGUACCGGGCAGAAGGUUGGGAUUAUUAUUCGUUUUUAGUUUUUCUUCUGCUCACUAAGGCUGCAUUUAUUUGGUUAAAAAUACAGUAAAAAUUAUGAACGUCUGUUUUCUCUGUGAAUGCGUGUUAAAGUGUAAUCUAUUUCUGUGAUUUUUAGCAUCAUUACUCCAGUCUUCAGCGUCACAUGAUCUUCAGAAAUCAGAAUAAUACACUGAUUUACUGAUCGGCAAACUUUUCUGAUUACUAUCAAUGCUGAAAACAGUUGUGCUGCACUGUAUUUUUGUGAUAUACCAUUCUUUUAGUAAGUAAAAAAUUAUAAAAGGAAAAAAAUCUUUAUUACAUAACAUGCAUCAAAAAGUGAUAAUAAAGACAUUUAUUCCUGUUUCAAAUAAAUGCUGUUCUUUUCUAUUCAGGUUUCCCUGGAUAAAAGCCAACAUUUUUAUUGUAUUUUACAUUUUCCCCCUUUAUUUUGAUGUGUAAUAUUAUUAGUAACUAUUAUGUAAAAUGUAUGUAUCUUAUUUAGUUAUUUAUUGUAUACA